UCAAAACCAACCCUUUCAAACUGUAUUUUUAGAACAUCAUAAAAAACAGAGAGUUCAGCCUCACCUUCCAGUAUUGUGUUGUUCCCAUUCCAAUACUCAAUCUGGUGAAACAAGAAACGCACAAUGAUCUUGACAUAGGACCACGGAUUGUGUUUCUUUUUUUCUUUUUUUUUUCCUUCUUUUUUUUUGCUGGUACAGGGGACCAUAGUAAAAUAGAAAACAAACAUACACGUUUGUGGAUCAAGUUUUCCCCUACGUACAACUUGGGAGGAGUCAUCAUCAUCGUUCAUGAUGUGAUAAUGGUUCCGCAAUAGAAAUGCACCCUCGCGUGUGCUUCUUCCUCUCUACCCUUAUAUAAAGCCACGCACCCACAACACUUUCAUCUAUUAACCAACCGUUCAUUCUUUUCAUCCAAAAUUCUAUCAAACUCAAGCUAGAGUGUGAGAAGAAGGAAAAAAUGGAAGGUGAAGAAACUGAGAUGAAACAACAAUCCAGGUUCAAGAGGAUUUGUGUGUUCUGUGGAAGCAGCCCCGGAAACAAGAGUAGCUAUAAGGAUGCUGCUAUUGAGCUUGGGAAAGAGUUGGUGUCAAGAAAUAUUGAUCUGGUUUAUGGAGGAGGCAGCAUCGGUUUGAUGGGGUUGGUUUCCCAGGCUGUUUAUGAAGGAGGUCGCCAUGUAAUUGGAGUUAUUCCCAAGACACUGAUGCCAAGAGAGAUUACUGGAGAGACAGUGGGGGAAGUGAUGGCAGUAGCAGACAUGCAUCAAAGAAAAGCAGAGAUGGCUAGGCACUCUGAUGCCUUUAUUGCCUUACCUGGUGGCUAUGGGACACUUGAGGAGCUUCUAGAGGUGAUAACUUGGGCUCAGCUUGGCAUCCAUGAUAAACCGGUUGGGUUGCUGAAUGUAGAUGGAUACUACAAUUCCUUGUUGUCUUUCAUUGACAAAGCUGUGGAAGAAGGCUUCAUUAGCCCCAAAGCUCGCCACAUAAUUGUAUCUGCCCCAUCAACAAAAGAGCUUGUAAAAGAGAUGGAGGAAUAUUUCCCACAACAUGAAAGAGUUGCCUCUAAGCUAAGCUGGGAAACUGAGCAGAUAGAUUACUCCUCAAAUUGUGACAUGUCUAGGUGAUUAGAGAUGAUUAUGGAAGAAAUCGUGUAGAGACAGUUGUUAGUUUAAUGGUUUAAGAGACUACUACUAUGAUUAUGGCCACAAUUUCCUCAAGCCAGAAUUCUUUUAUUAAGUUAUUGCAAUUACCUGUUAGUGUAAACUACAGAACUGACUUCAAUCUAGCUGUGAAGCCUAACUACUCUUCUGCUCAAUGUGAAUUCUGGUUUUUUUUUCUUUUCAAAACA